GUCGCCAUUUUGAAUGGUCUGACGCCAGGGUUCUUUUGUGUAUAUUGGUGCGGACUGCGAUGGGCGUAUGGUCAGCCAGCGCGCCAGCCUAGAGCCGUGCCGCCAGCCGCCAGGCGUUUGAUGUGCCGGAGAUGAGCGACCACCUCGGCGAUGGGCCGCCCAGCAAACGGUCCAAAUACGGAGAUAGCUAUGGCUCCGGCCUCGACCCCGCGGGGGGCAAUGACAUGGCGCUGUCGCUGGACCUGGAGCUGUCGCUGCCGGACGAACUGGAGACGGCCGCCUCCAAGCCGCCCGGCCAGUACGGCGCGCCCAGCAUGGCCAACGGCACCGCCGACUCCGGCCACAUGCACAUGAUGAUCAACAAGCAGCAGCUGGCUGGCAUGGGCCGGCCCGUCGGCGCACUGCAAAUGGCGCCGAACGCGGUCGUCUCGAAGGGCGCGCUGCUGGCGCAGCAGCUGAUGCAGCGUCAGAUGGCGCCUCAGUCGGGCGGGCACAUGCAGGUGCGUCCGACCAUGGGUGCGAUGAACCAGCUGGGCGGGCCGCAGCCACCCACCCAGCAGAGCUUUAACUUCCCGGGGCAGCAGCGGCUCAUGGCGCCGGCCGCCUCGGUCAGCAACGGCACCACGACCGGCCUCGCGCCGCACUCCGCCGGUGACCCCGAGAAGCGUAAGCUGAUCCAGCAACAGCUGGUGCUGCUGCUGCACGCGCACAAGUGUCAGCGUCGCGAGCAGACCGGAGGCGACCACACGGAGUGCAAGCUGCCACACUGCCAGACGAUGAAGGACGUGCUGAACCACAUGACGGAGUGCCGGGAGGGCAAGUUGUGCCGUGUGCCGCACUGCGCCUCCUCGCGCCAGAUCAUCACCCACUGGAGGAGCUGCAUUCGCACCAACUGCCCGGUGUGCCUGCCGCUGAAGCAGGCGGAGAACCGGCGCGGCCAGCAGCCGCGGACCGAGCCGGCGGUAUCGGCCACGGCCGCCGCCGCCGCCGCCUUCCAGAACAGCCGCCAUGACCUGCCCAGCUGGGCGUCCGACCUCAACAACGACAGCGCCAACAGCGCGCUGUCUGGCAACGCCGACUUCCGGGCGAUGCUGGACCCAGUGACGGCGGCGCCUGUGCAUCACACCAAGGAGUGGCACAUGCAGGUCACACCCGACCUGCGCACCCACCUCGUGCGCAAGCUGGUGCAGGCCAUCUUCCCGACGCCCGACCCCAGCGCUAUGCUGGACCGGCGCAUGCACAACCUCGUGGCGUACGCCAAGAAGGUGGAGGGCGACAUGUACGAGAUGGCAAACUCGCGCUCCGAUUACUACCAUCUGCUGGCGCAGAAAAUUUACAAGAUCCAGAAGGAGCUGGAGGAGAAGCGCCAGCUGCGACAGGUGGCGGUGAAGGUGUCGCCGGGAGGACUCGGCGUUUGA